AUGGAGUCCAUUCGCAACAUCGUCAACAACAAUUCCGCUCUCGAGACUACCGCCCCGGUCACGGCCACAAACGCUGUCACUUCAACCAUGAACCUCCAGCAGCGCAUCGCAAAGCGUCGCCACGACUGGACCCUCACUCUCACAGACGGCCCCAUUUCCUCUCCCGGUCCCAAGGCAAAGUACCGCAGAUCCCGCAGCUGGACCACCAGAAUCGGCGUCAACGCCCCGCCCAACGCAGAGCGGCAGACUCCAGUCUUGUACUCGAUUGCCAUCUCAAAGAGUAAAAGUAACAUCCCAUCCUCCCCCCCUUCCUCAUUCUCCUCUGCUAUCGAGGGCGUCAUCAACGACGAAUACCCUCUGAACGCCGAGGAGUACCGCAUCUGCCCCGACACAGACUCACCUCGCUACAAGCACGAGUCUGAUGUCGGCCUCUGGAGCGGGCCCCGGUCCUCGCCCGGCCCGAGGGCGAGGUACGCCCGGUCUCGCUCCUGGAGUUCCAGGCAGUCAGACAGCGGGUACUCCUCGGGCGAGGAGUGUGUCGUCGGCGAGAGCGACUCUGAAGAUGGCUACAAGGAUUAUAUGUUCGUUCCUAGCGCGGACGAUACCGACAGUGAGUCUGGCAGUGACUGCUCCAAAGCCGAUGAUAAUAUCGUCAUGGCCGACGCCUCUUCCCUUGAAUCUUCUAGGAAUGGCGAUAUUAUUAUAGCCGACGCCUCUCCCAUUAGUAGUUCUGGGGACGACGACAUCAUCAUGGCCGAAUACGACGGCGAAGAUGAGGACAUCUUAAUGGCCGACUAUAGCGGAGACGGCGACAUCUCGAUGUCUGAUUACCUCGUAGAAGACGAUAUCGAGAUGGCGGAUAUCAGCGAGGACAGCGAUAUCGAGAUGGCCGAGUACGACGACGAAGAUUUGGACGUCGUAAUGGCCGACUGUGGUGAAGACAGCGGCAGUGACAGCGACAGCGACAUCUCAAUGUCUGAUUAUGUCGAAGAAGACGAUAUCAAAAUGGCUGAUUACAGCGAGUACAUACAUAUCGAGAUGGCCGACUGUAUCAAAGACACCAGAACCAAAGUCUUCGACUACAGAGAGGUCGUCGAAACCGACAGCUCCUCCGAGAAUGGCGACUCCGUCAAUGACAGAUUCGUUGUAUACACCAGCGAAUACGAGGAUGACUCCGAGGACCUGGACCCCACCAUGGGAUACUACAGCGACGGCGACGACUCCUCGGACGGGGGCUAUCACCCCGGCCCCGACAUCGCCCUCGUAAACGACAACGAUGCCACCACCGUCACCACGUGGUCGUUGGACGGCACCACGCUCGUCUGGGACUCUCCAAACGGCUCGGACUGGUCCUCGUCUCCCGCGCUUUCUGACCGGCCCGAGCCUGACCUGAUCUCGGAGUACACCGUCACCCACUGGGUGAACGGAGUGUCCGAACGGGUGACAUAUGUCGACUUCAACUACUCGGACAUCGAGUACCCUGACGAGUUGCCCGUAGUGGAGCUGAGAUUUCCCGAGGAUGAGAAGGACCACUACAAGUGA